AUGACAGUAAACGACUUCAAUCCAUCAUCCUUUGCGGGCGCGAUGCAGCUGCGCACGAGAAAGGAGAAAAAGUUCGACGAGGUCGAGUCCAACCUCCCCGACCCGCGCAAACCCAAGCUCGAGACGACGCAGCUCCUCAGCGUGCGCGGGUGGCUCGACCGGCUGGGCAGCCUCAACCCGUUCGGCAGGGCAGUGACCAACGACGACCUGGUAUGGCUGCUGGACAACACGGCCUUCAAGACCGGGGGCGGGGCGUGGCAGGCCGAGUUCGUGGCGGCCGUGUUUGAGCGCGAGCCGCGCGGCAAGGUCGUCGACAUGGUGACGGGAAUCGUGCGAGCCGUUGGGCUGGCCGACGACGCGGCGGAGCGAAAGACGGUCGAGGAGCGCAUCGUACCGUUCCUGUGGGACAUCCGGCCGCUGCGCACCGUCGCCGUGACGCAGCACCACCGCCGCGGCGAGCUCAAGCUGGGACCGACAAACGUCAACGGCCUGUCGUCCAACGUGCUGGCGGUGCCGAGCGGCAGCAGGGGCUCGCUCGUCAAGUCGUCGACCAAGGUCGGCGGCGGGGAGGGGGCCAUUGUCGACAUGCAGACGUACUAUGCGGGGCCUGACGGCUGGGGAAUCAUCUCAGACAUCGAUGACACUAUCAAAAUCACAAAGACGAGCGACCCCGUGGGCAUCCUGCGCGAGACCUUCGUCGAGGAGCCCUCGCCCAUCCCCGGCAUGCCCGAGCUCUACGCCAAGGCCAAGUCCUUGCUGCCCAAGGACACGGCGUGGUUCUACCUGUCGGCGUCGCCGUACAACCUCUACCCCUUCCUCAAGCAGUUCCGCAAGCAGUUCUACCCGCCCGGCACGCUCAUCCUGCGCGACUCGAGCUGGAAGACGGUCGCCGGCCUGCUGUCGGCGCUGACGCUCAACACCGAGGAGUACAAGGUUGACCGGAUGAACAAGAUCAACUCGUGGCUGCCCGAGCGCAAGAUGAUUGUCAUUGGCGACUCGACCCAGUCGGACCCCGAGGCGUACGGUGAGGUCUAUCGGACGAAACCGGGCUGGAUCAAGCUCAUCCUCAUCCGCAAAGCCACAGACGUCGCGUCCUUUGGCAUCGACGAGAAGAACGAGCCCGAGCGCUUCGAAAAGGCCUUCAAGGACAUACCGCGCGAGGCCUGGCACGUCUUCGAGGACCCCAGCGAAUGCCUCCAAAUCAUCAAGGACACGCUCAAGCACAAAUGA